GCCAAUGUGGCUGUGGCAGUUCUCAGGUCUAGUACUUCAGGGCUCCGUAGAGGACUUAGUCUAGAUAGGUAGGACUGGGGAAGUGGGGGAAUCACGUGUAUAUAUCGCAUGACGCUAUACCAAAUGCAGUCUAAUGGUGUCAGCGCGUUCAACGCGUUUCAUGCCCGCCACCGUGCUUGACUGCUCUGCUUUCAAGCUGCGGUCUUGCCUAUUACUGAGUUCACUGACAAGCUCAACAUGGGAAUCAAGCACCUCUAUCAAGUGAUCGCAGAAAAUGCGCCCGAUGCCAUCAAGGCAGGGGAUAUCAAGAAUCAUUUCGGCCGGAAGGUCGCCAUCGAUGCAUCAAUGAGUAUUUACAGUUUUCUCAUCGCUGUACGCUCCGAAGGCCAGCAGCUCAUGAGCGAUACCGGCGAGACCACGUCACAUCUCAUGGGGAUGUUUUACCGGACGCUACGCAUGGUGGAUAAUGGGAUCAAGCCUCUAUAUGUUUUUGAUGGAGCUCCACCGAAACUCAAAUCGGGCGAACUAGCCAAGCGGAGCGCUAGGAAACACGAAGCCACUGAAGCGCAUGAAGAAGCGAAGGAGACGGGCACGGCGGAAGAUGUUGAGAAGUUCUCGCGACGGACUGUGCGAGUAACGAGGGAGCACAAUGCGGAGUGCAAAAAACUCUUGAAGUUGAUGGGGAUUCCGUACAUCGAUGCUCCUACCGAGGCAGAGGCGCAAUGUGCUGUGCUGGCUCGCGCGGGCAAAGUCUAUGCCGCAGCAUCGGAAGAUAUGGAUACGUUAUGCUUCGAGGCGCCGAUCCUGCUGAGGCAUCUGACUUUCAGUGAGCAGAGGAAAGAGCCUAUUCAAGAGAUUCAUUUGAACCGUGCUCUGGAGGGACUGGGCAUGGAUCGAAACCAGUUUAUUGAUCUCUGCAUUCUACUUGGAUGUGACUAUCUGGAGCCCAUUCCCAAAGUAGGGCCCAAUACCGCUCUAAAACUGAUCCGCGACCACGGUACCCUGGAAAAGGUGGUUGAGUCCAUCGAGAAAGAUCCUAAGCAGAAAUAUGUCAUUCCGGAAUCUUGGCCGUAUCAGGAUGCCAGAGAACUCUUCCUGAACCCAGAUGUCCGAGAUGCCAACGACCCCGAAUGCGACUUCAAGUGGGAGGCGCCGGACAUCGAAGGCCUUGUAGAUUUUCUGGUGAAGGAUAAGGGAUUCAAUGAAGACCGGGUGCGCAACGGUGCUGCCCGAUUACAGAAGAACUUGAAAACCGCACAGCAGUCGCGUUUGGAAGGAUUUUUUAAGCCGGUUGCUAAGACAGACGCGGAGAAAGCAACCCUGAAGCGCAAGCACGACGAGAAAAUCCAAGAACAGAAGAAGCGCAAGAAAGAGGAGGCUAAGGCGAAAAAGGAAGCGAAGGCUCGACCACGAGCUGCUGUAUAGAUCCCAAAAAAAGUUUCUGGAGGUUGUUUGGAAAGAUCACGAAGGGCGAACCUUCUUACCAUUAUAGCUGGGAUAGGCGUUCAUGGUUACGGCUAGUUAGUGGGAGUCCAGCGGCGCGUUGUUGUAAUCUGUAUUUGCGUCUACUUAAUUUGCGUCCACAGUAGUAUCGAUUUGUGAAGAGAGUGUCAAAUUGUAAUCGUCUUGCUCCGUCA